CCUUCAUCGCCACAUGGCGCAUGGUGCACCAAGCUCUUUCACGUCGCAUGUGGCCUGAGCAUCGGUGGAUAGCUUCGCAAAGGACUACACGUGCCUCAUUCAAUUCCAUGCGAUGGCCAGUGCACGUGACGCUACUCAAGGGCCAGGGUCACGAUCUUCAAAUGCUUGCGAGCGAUGUAGGCAAAAAAAAGUGAAGUGCUCUGGGGACAACCCAUGUCGAACGUGCUUGAGACAGAAAGUCACAUGCAGCUUCACCAGCAUUGAGAGAAAACUGUACUCCGAAGCCUAUGUCAAGGGGCUCGUAGAGACCGUCAAGCGAUAUGAGCAGCGGAUCAAGCAGCUGGAAAGCGGCGAACUGUCCAGAGCUGCCGCAGGGUCUGAUGACAGCAUCAAGGAUGAUACUCCAGUAUCAAACCAACCCUCUGUUUGCCCGACAUCCCAAGCGCCAUCGCAACCUACCUCCCAGCCAAGUCCAAUAAAGCCCUCGGGCGCUGGAACUCCGAUUGAGCAAGCCUCUGGUCCAGCAUUCGAGUCGCGCGUACGAUCACUCUUCCACUCGAAGAGGGACCACGAUUUUCAUCAAAACGCUGGCCAGAACCGCGAAGCUUUUAGCAGCCAAGAAACUGCAGGGUGGUUCCCCGACAUUGAUCUUGUGGUGGAGACGACGCCGCUCGCGAUCGUCCCGGACGAGGAGGAAUCUCGACGCCUACUGGACCUUUUCUUGUCCUACCACGGAACCAUACAGCAUUUCAUGGACCCCCGAGCGUUCUCUGACUCUCUGGGGCUAUUUUUUCAAAGUGCCGAAUCACGCAAGAUCCAGGAGUCGUCAUUGUGGUACACACAGUAUCUGUUAGUGAUCGCCAUGGGCAAGCUGAUGGAUCAGGACACGGCUUCGCAAGGGGACAUGCCUGGCGCACCGUACUUCUCCGAAGCCAUGCGAAGAAUUCCAGCAGUGCAUCGCCUGGGGCGAUGUGGCGUCCUCGCGGUGGAGAUCUUGUGUCUGGCCACAGCGUAUCUCAAGUGGUGCAACAGGAGACGUGAUGCGUACCUCUUUUCUGGAACAGCAGUACGACUCGCGCUAGCUCUAGGGUGCUCCCUGAAACCAAGCGAGCAACAAUGUCUCCCUUCUGAAAGGGCACACCGUACACGAGUGUGGUGGACAGCAUACAUGCUGGACAGACGACUGUCCGCCAAUCUUGGUCUCCCGCCAGCAGUCGACUCGCGGCAGAUCUCACUGGAGCUUCCCACGACUGCUCCGGGCUUCCGCUCUUCACAGGCUCUCAACGUCAAUGUGCGUCUGGCCCACACCACUGGGGAGAUCAUGGGAUCACUGUACAGUAAUACGGCUGUGUCCGAAUCUGAGCUCGUACCUAAGAUCCAGAGCAUUCUCCAGAGUUUGCACGACAUUGAAAAGUCCAUCCCCCAAAAAUAUGCGUUGGAUUUCGAAAGCAGUGAAUUGGAACUGUCAAGGACAUCAGCCACUCUGUAUCUGAUCCUAUUCCAAGCUGUCGUGCUUUGUAUACGCCCGGUAUAUCUGCAGAGAAUCAAGGCGAAAGUUGAAGUUAUUCCAGAAGGACAACUCAUGCCUGAAGUGCAAGCAUUGAGCGAAUCCUGCACAAAGGCGGCAACCCGGAGCAUUCGCAUAUUAGCAGCUUUGGAGCGACAAGGCCAGUUAGCUCGCUUCGGCUUCUUUGACCUUGAUGCUGCCUUCUGGUCGGCCUUUAUUCUCGUUAUGAAUGGAUUUGUCGACAACACGGCGCACCCUGCGACUGAACUUGGAGAGGCAGGCCAACUGCUAAGUUACCUGGCCCAAGGUGGGAACAAGACCGCGCUACAACGGCUCGAAGACAUUAUGCACCUCUCGCAGUAUGUCUGGGAUGCCGAGGUAACGAAAGACACUUGGCAAGGUAUCGAUCAAAACGCACACAAGCCCUACACAGGUGUUGGCUUCUCAUUUUACCAGAUGGAGGAGGAGCUCGAUCUGCAAUCCUUUGACUUUGGCAUGGACAUUGAUGAGACACUCAAUCCCGCAGCCCCUGGACCCUAUCCAAGCCUCGGGGGUGCAGGAAUCUCGUCCUUGGGUGUUGACUCACUGAAUUGGGCACAAUUUGAGGAGCUGCUAGCCACGCGACCUGCGUAGGAGGGGCUAUGCGCUCGUCGCGAACAGCUGCUUCCGAUGUCCCAAGGUUAGUUGAUUAGAUCGCGGACGAAUAGAUCUCCUCAAUCUCCGACGGCUU